ACGAAAACAGUGAUGGUGAUUUGGACACCUCUGAAUACGGCUUUCUGACAACAAGGUUUUAAUUCAACAUGCUGUUAUCAAAUGGUAUCAAAGCUACCGUCUUCAGACAUUUCCCCAAAACAACACAAUUUUCUGACGUAUUUCACAGAGCUGAACGGAAUUAUAGGUGCCUGAUACAUGGAAAUUCUUCCAGCACUGAACAAUUUCUUGCCUGUUGGCAAAAUCAUCCCAAAUGGAACAACGGACAGCAUCAUCACUACAAAACUAGAAAGGUUACUGAUGUAGAAACUCAUGAUACUCCACACAAUCAAGAGGCGAAUACCUCGUUAAUUGCAAGGAUAAUUGCCCAAAAGCAAAUAGGCCAUGAAGAUAUAUAUAGUUUAGAGGGAAAACCCAAAAACAACAGAGACGGGAACAAUGACAAGUCGUUGCUGUCAUUGUCGGAGGCAUACGACAAUGUUAAGAAAGACCUGAGCGACUUUUAUUCGAAACAGUCUGUGGAAAGUGCUGGAUAUGAUGAUGAAGAGGAGCUUCAAAGUGAACCAUCAAACUCUAGUUACUUUGUGGAAGAUUUGACUCUAGAUGACCAUAAAAAAGUUGUGUCUAAGAUGAGAAAAGUGAAGGGUGUUCACAGUAUAUAUGGAAGUGCAGACCCAAGUAUUCCCUUCAGUGAAAUACCUUGUGCUGGAUGCGGUGCUGCUCUUCACUGUCAAAACACUGCCAUCCCCGGGUACAUGCCCAAGGAAAAAUUUUUGUCGUUAACACAGCGAGAGUUGAAACGAAUGCUUUGUCAGAAAUGCUUUCUGAUGACUCACAACAACUUUUGUCUAAAUGUACGGGCAUCUCCAGAUGAGUAUGCUCAGUUAAUAGCGGGCCUGAGAUACAGGAAAGGCUUAAUUGUCUUAGUAGUCGACACAACAGACAUAACCAACAGCAUGAUUAAAUGCUUGCCCCAGCUGAUUGGGGAGGGGAGAAAGUAUUUUGUUGUUGGAACCAAGGUUGAUCUUCUGCCUGGUGUACCCAGUGAAAAUCUUCACCGCUGUCAUAAGCUUCUGAUGGACUUGUGUUUGAAGAGUGGUCUGGGUAGCCAUGGCUCUACCAUCGAACAUGUCAGCCUGGUCAGUGCUAAAACUGGCUAUGGUAUUGAGGAGUUAGUCAACAAACUUCUGAAAAAAUUUAAUCAUGCAGCUGAAGGAGAUGUUUUUCUGUUGGGAUCCACUAAUUCUGGGAAGUCCACACUUUUCAAUGCACUACUUUCAUCAGACUACUGCAAAUAUCAUGUGAGAGAUGUAAUUCAUAGAGCCACUGUGUCCAGAUGGCCAGGAACCACCAUAGACUUAUUAAAGUUUCCCAUAAUAGCUCCAACUCGUGAAAGAUUGUACUUGAGAACACAACGCUUGAUAAAGGAGAAAAAAGAGAAAUGGAAGAAAGAGAGAGAGCUGAUUAACACUUCAAAGAAUCCAAACAUAGUGAGAAAUGCUCCACUUACAGGCACCAUAGGCCAGACAAAUUUCAAAGAACAACCAGUUGAGGAAGAGAAUGAGAACGAUGGAGAAGAGUUGAAUUACCAGUGUCUGAUCGUCCCACCCAGUUACACUUUCACCACUGAGGGAGAUGUGUCUGUGGGAAGUUUGUCAAGACAGGAUCUGUAUACAGUGACAGCAGCCGAGAGGAAAGCCAGGGAGCUCGUGGAAGAUGAUCUGGAAAGAUUAACAAAUAGCAGGUGGCUGUUUGAUACCCCUGGGCUUGUUAGCUCUGAUCAGGUGAUUAAUCGCUUGACGCCUGAAGAACUGUCAAUAGUGUUACCUGCCACAAGACUUCAGCCCCGAUCAUAUGUGUUAAAACCAGGCCAAGUGAUGUUUGUGUCUGGAUUAAGCAGGAUAGACUAUGCACAGGGGUUAAAGUCGAUCUACUUGACUGUGCUGGCUGCUAAGCGUGUGCCAGUCCAUGUGAUAGACCCAAACACAGAAGACCCGGACCAGUUCUACAAUCAGGCUUUGGGCACUAAGCAGUUAGGGGUCCCUUUGAGAAAUGCUGACGGCCUUAUGAGCAUCCCAUCACUGAUUGGUCAGGAAUAUGAAGUGACGGGUCAAGGCUGGAAGGAAAGUGCCGCAGAUGUUAUUCUGUCCUCCAUUGGCUUUGUGAGUGUGACAGUGGGUCAGGGCCUCACUGUAGUGCUAAGAGCAUAUACUCCUGGUGGACAGGGCUGCCGAAUACAUAGCCCAUCUUUACUUCCCAAAGCUGUCAACCUGAGGGGAAAGCGGGAAAAAGGCACAGCUAAAUACAGAAUCCGGAGGAAGUGAGACAUUUGCAGAGGUAAAACAUGAACGUAAAACCCUUGUAAUGUAAAAAAAAAAAAAAAAGUGUGAGAAUGAAAUAGUAUUCAAGGGCCCAUUGUCCCUUUACAGAACUACUUACACCAGUUAUAGAACUGCAUACAGCCUAUAAGGAACUGUGUAAGUCAAUUGAGGAGCAGUGUACAUCCUUUAAAGAACUGAGUAACCCAAUCAAAGAAUUGUGUACACCUUUUAACGAACUGUGAGCUUACAGCUAUUGUACAGAAGUUGCACAGAUCCAGAAAUUGUUUGAAACAUGAGAAAUGCCAUGUCAAAUGUCUAGUGUUUACCAUCAUGGAAAGCUGUAAAAAAAAAAAAAAAACUAUUCAAAACACCGAAAUUUGUGUGUGCUGCUGUUUUGGAUGACAAAUUAACCAGUAUUAUUCUGGUGUCUGUUAUUAUGUUUGUGAUUUUGGAGACCAAAUGAAGUACAAUAUUAAA